AUAUUUUACAACUUAGCUUGCUACUGAUAUAUAGAAGCUAAGUAGUUUUAUAACUUAGCUUGCUACUGCUACCAUGUCUAAUGACACUCUAGAAAUCAAUUCUCCCACUGAUCUCCAACAAUUCCUUCUUGGUCUUACCAAUUCCGAUGGAACGAUCACCGGAAGGCAAACCACCUUUUCCCCUAUAACCUCACCUACACCCGAUCCAAACCAAUCUGGCCCUGUUCUUUCCAAAGAUGUAACCAUCAACGACUCAAACAACACAUGGGCUCGGAUAUUCCUGCCCCGAGAAGCACUUGAAGAUUGUUCUUCCUCCAAACUCCCACUCAUAGUGUAUUUCCAUGGUGGAGGGUUCGUUAUAGGCAGCACGGCUGAAUCUUCAUUUCACGAUUUUUGCGCCGACAUGGCACUGCAAUUUCAGGCCACUGUGGUAUCCGUCGAAUAUAGACUCGCCCCAGAGCAUCGGCUGCCUGCGGCCUACGAUGAUGCUAUGGAAGCAUUCCACUGGAUCAAAACCAACCAAGAUGAAGAUGCUUGGCUCAAGGACUACGCUGAUGUUACAAGAUGUUUGAUCAUGGGAGGUAGUGCAGGUGGCAACAUAGCCUACCAUGCAGGUCUACGUGCGGCUGCAGAGUUUGAUAAUCUCUUGCCGUUAAAGAUCAAAGGGUUGAUAUUGCAUCAACCGUUCUUUGGUGGGUCCGAGAGAACGGAAUCUGAGACGAGGGUUAACCAUCCAUUUGCGGUGCCAAUAAUUAGUGAUCUGAUGUGGGAGUUGUCCUUGCCAAUUGGUGCCAAUCGUGAUCACGAGUAUUGUAAUCCAACGGUGGGUGGUGGUGGAAAAACAUUGAUUGAUGAGAUUAAACGGUUGGGAUGGAUGGUGUUGGUGAUUGGGAGUGAUGGGGACCUUUUUUAUGAUUGGCAAAUUGGGUUGGCCAAGAUGUUGAAAGAAAAGGGUGUUCAAGUGGAGUAUCAUUUUGAAGAAGGAGGUUAUCAUGGGGAUGUAGCGAUAGAACCCACAAGGACCAAGUGUCUUCAUGUUCUAAAGAAAUUUGUUUUGUCUCUAACUGCUCAUUAACAAAUUGUGGUGGUUAGAUUUUGAAUUUAUUGUUAAAUUAUAAUCUGCAAUUUCAAAAGAGCUUGUGUUA